AUGAUAGAAAAUGAGGAGGCUGACAACUAUUCCGCCGAGACAACCAGGUGGACCAGGAGUGAAGCAGAGGAAGAGGAGUAUCGCCUGGAGAAAAAGCCCAGGCCGGAAGAUGAAGAUGUGGACCAAAAACUGCAGAAGUUGAGAGAGCAGCUUUUGGUCGAGCUGGGAAAGAAAGAUCAAAGUCAAACCUUCCUGCCCACUUCUUCGCCUUUCUCGAAACAGCCUUGGGAGCGAAGAGACCAAAGACCUUUUCCCCCUCGGACCUCAGAACAAAGGCCACUCCCUUCAUGGGUUCCAGAGAAGCCGACCCCACUUAAUGCCUCUAGAGCCAAAGUGCUCGUAGCCGUCCAGGACAAAGAAUUCUUGCAAUGGCCCAAGCCCCUGAAAGCGGAAGCCGACCAGCGAAAUCCUGACAAAUAUUGUCAGUUCCACCGAACUCAUGGUCAUGACACCAACAACUGUUUCCAGUUGAUUGCAGAAAUUGAGAGGUUGAUAAAGAGAGGGCACCUAAAGAACUUUGUAAAGAAACCGGAAGGACAGAGACCUCAACCCAAUCCGGCAGCCCAAACGCCGAGAAGAACAGGAGCUAACACUGUGAAUGAUGGGUCCAGUGGAACUAUCAACAUGAUCGUAGGAGGCACGGGAGGUCGGAUGAGCCGAAGGGGGAAAAAGAGAAGCAGAGAAGGAGAAACUAGCAAUGCCGAGGUCAUGCAAAUCGUUGAACACUCUUCAACAACCAUCACUUUCUCCUCGGAGGACGCUCAGGGUGUUCAGAUGCCUCACGAUGACGCCCUUGUCAUUGAAGCUGUUAUUCACAAUUAUUGGGUAAAGAAAAUCUUGGUGGAUGACGGAAGCAAGGUAAACCUGUUGCCUUAUCGAGUCUUCCAGCAGAUGGGCAUUCCGAAAGAGCAACUGGUUCGGGAUCAAGCUCCGAUUAAAGGGAUUGGAGGAGCACCAGUAACAGUGGAAGGGAAAGUAAAACUAGCCCUUACUUUGGGAGAGGCCCCGAGGGCCCGCACCCAUUAUACGGUGUUCUUGGUGGCUAAACUCCCUCUGAGCUACAACGCGAUUCUGGGACGACCUGUGCUGUUCGACUUUGAAGCUGUCACCAGUAUCAGAUACUUGGCAAUGAAGUUCCCCACAGAAGCAGGGGUGGCAACAGUUCGGGGAAGUCAAGAGGAAGUAAGGGCAGUGUACCUGGCUACCGUAGCAGAGCCGAGCUCAGCAGAGGAAAAGAUGGAUUCAGAAGUCCUAGAGGUCCGAGAUGAGAAAACAGAAGCCAGGACAGAGUCGGUGGGGGAACUGGAGACUUUCUCCUUAUCAGAAACGGAAAUAGACAAAACCUUCAGUCUCAACGCCGGCCUCACCAAGGAGCAGAAAGCCGAGGUGAUGUCCUUGAUUCGAGGUCGUGCAUCAAGCUUCGCCUGGAAGCCUUCGGACAUGCCCAGAAUUGACCCCGGGAUAUCUGAAUAUUGA